CCCCGCGUCCGGGCGACGGCGCGGGAGCCGGGCCUGGCGCGAGCAGGAGCGCGGCCCCGCGGAGGUCGCUGCAGAACGCGGGGGAGCGGCGAGGGAAAGUCUCCGCAGAAGCCCCGCCAGAAGCGCGCCGGUCUGGCGGAGCGGUCGCGGACAUGUGCAGGAUGUCCUUCAAGAAGGAAACUCCACUUGCCAACGCAGCAUUCUGGGCAGCGAGGAGAGGAAACCUGGCACUGCUCAGGCUGUUGCUGAACAGCGGCCGGGUGGAUGUGGACUGCAGGGACAGUCAUGGCACCACACUCCUUAUGGUAGCGUCCUAUGCUGGUCACAUAGACUGUGUGAGGGAACUCGUUCUGCAAGGAGCAGACAUCAAUCUCCAGAGAGAGUCAGGUACAACUGCUCUCUUCUUUGCUGCCCAGCAAGGCCAUAAUGAUGUUGUGAGAUUUCUCUUUGAAUUUGGGGCAUCUACUGAAUUUAGGACCAAAGACGGAGGCACUGCCCUGUUGGCUGCCAGUCAGUACGGCCACAUGAGGGUGGUUGAGACCUUGCUGAAGCAUGGGGCCAACAUUCACGACCAACUUUAUGAUGGAGCCACUGCCCUCUUCCUAGCCGCCCAGGGUGGUUACUUGGAUGUCAUUCGCUUAUUACUGUCUUCAGGAGCAAAGGUCAAUCAGCCAAGGCAGGACGGGACGGCGCCGCUGUGGAUCGCGUCUCAGAUGGGCCACAGUGAGGUGGUGCGGGUGAUGCUACUGCGGGGAGCCGACCGCGACGCCGCCCGGAAUGAUGGUACCACAGCAUUGCUGAAAGCGGCCAACAAAGGAUAUCAUGAUGUUAUAGAGGAAUUGCUGAAAUUUUCACCUACUCUUGGUAUUUUGAAGAAUGGGACGUCAGCGCUCCACGCGGCCGUGCUCAGCGGGAACAUUAAAACAGUGGCCCUGCUUCUGGAGGCGGGGGCAGACCCAGCCCUGAGAAACAAGGCCAAUGAACUUCCAGCAGAAUUAACUAAAAAUGAACGUAUAUUGCGUCUACUCCGAACUAAAGAAGGUCACAGGAAGAGCUAACUUAGCUGUGUAUUUGAAAGGUGGAAACAAUCACAUUGUCCAAAAAGAAAUUGCUUUUCAAAUAGUGUUGGAAAUUCCUUUAGAGCGAAAAUGCCCAGAAUGCCCUCCCCGGGUCCCUCUGCAAGACUUGUGCUUUAUGCACCAGUGAAGAGCGUAACAGCUCAGGGGCACCUUCCCCUCACUUCUGUACUUGCCUGCACCCUACCUGCUUCCAUGGGGGUGUGGGGGUGUGGUUUAACCACACUAACUUGGAUCUUUCAGCUAAACUCUAAGAGUUAAAUACUCUAAGAGGGUUUUCAGGAGGGAUUUUCAGCAGGGAGACAGAAGUUGUUCCUUUAAGAACACAGAAUCAGUGCACUUUUGCUUUUGUGUUAAAUGUAAGUGUGCUAAGAGAUAGAGUUCCAUCACAUUUUAUAUAACUUUCUGUAUGUCACUCCAGUGUAAAGUGUUUUCUUCUACCCAAGGAGCAUAGCCAUGCAUAUGAUCAACCAGUGAUCUGUCAAGUUACAUUAUUUAAAAGCCACUGCUGUCAUUCCACCAGAUGCUUGUCAAAGAUGGACUGUUGAGCUAUGAUAAUAACAAAAUUGUUAAUUUGUUAGUUGAUCCUCAUCUUACUUCAAAUAUGUCGAUCAUUUUCCCUAGUGUCAAUAUUGUAGGUUUGGUAGGAUACAAGCGCAAAUUUGGAAAUUCAGAAAAUUACAAACCACGAGAAAUUUUGAUUCUCUUUGAGCUUCGUUUUGGUUCUAUAGCUGGGAAUCUAUUUCCCUUGCCAUAAAUAAAUAGACUUAAGCUGUGACAUAUUACUAAGCUUCCAACUCCACAUGGCUUCAAUGACUAUGAGGUCCUUGGAUGAAAUGUGAUGAUAUAUGCAAGUACAUUGUGUUGCUAUUAAUAUUGUGAGAGUAUAAUAGAUAUUCACCUAUGCAUGUUUUUGAUCUUAUUGGAUCCAAUAAAAAACUUCAGUUUUAUUCCAUUUGGGGGAAGGUGUCAAAAUUUAUAAUCAGUGCACUUUAGAAUCAAUGGUGUCUAAAUGCCUCACUCAGUCAGUGCCUAAUUGCACACACACAUCAAACCUUCUUUUUUUAGUCCACAAUAAUAAACACUAUUGACAUUUCUGUUACUUAAACACAUCUUUAGUUUUCUUGUUGAUGUUCUACUCUAUUUUUCAGCGUAUAUUUUAUGCAAGGACAUGUUAAGAUGGUAGGAAAUAUAAUCCUAGCAGGCUUUUAAAUCAACUUCCAAUAAUACUAAAACUGUUAUCUUUAAUUGGCAAAUGAUAGAAUGUAACUUUUUAAAAUUAGAUAUAUCCUCUUAAAGUUAUGAUGAGUGCAACAAAAAUCAGCUUAUUUUACUCAGUAUCACAGAAAAGCCAGUAACAAGCAAGCCACUGAUACUAGAUAUGCCCUUUGCCCAAUUAGCUAUGCAGAAAUAAAGCCUGCAUUCUAAUUGUGAGAUAAAAAAAUUCUGUAUGUAUUGCCAGAACACCCAAAUAUAAGCAUUGAUCACUAAAAUGUAGUGCCAAUUUCUUCAUUGACUUUUUUACUCACUAAAGUUGUACAAACUGUAUUUCCAUGGGCACUUCAUAAAAAGUAUUCAUUUGAAAAAAUAUAUAAUGUGGCUUUAACUGCUUUAGAUUUUCUCCCUUAGUCCUUUUGCCAAAAAUAGUCAUUCGUUAUGGAUACAAAUAAAAGUAAUUGUGGAUACUGGUUGUAAAGUUCCAAAAGGCAAAUGGCAUGAAAUCAAAAACUUAAUGUUUUUCACUAAAACAUGUUGUCCUUGGGCCUAUUCGUUAGGAUAUUUUAAGUGGAUAAUAUUCUUAUCUAUAUUAGGACCAUAAAAAUGAAUCCAGUAGCUAAGGUUACUGUAGAUUAAACAUCUUAGCUUAGAAGGGUCACAUUUGAUCUAAGUGAAAUUACAAUAUUAUCCAUGGCAAAGAAGAGGAGUAAUCACUCACCAAAGACUGAACAAGAGGUCUGUAUAGUAAAAUUGCAUUUUAGUUUGUACAUAGGUAGAUGAUUCCUGUGUUCUGUUCAUCUAAUUCACAAUUCAGUGUGGUCUGCAUUCUAAGACUUAGAACUAUCAACUCCUAUGCAAAUUGUUUCUUAAAUGAAUAAUGAAAGUUUUUCAUUACAUCUAUUUGUUUGAUAACAUAUUCCAUGUUCUAAUUCAAAAUAAAGUCAGUAUA